AUGCUUCCGGGAAAGGCUACCUUUUUUAGCUGGAUUCCGGAGUCUCUGCGAAUAUCAUUCUUGUAUCCUACGUUGAUGGAGCUACUACCAAAGUGUGCCAAGAACAAUGAAUACAAGUUUUCGGAACUCGAACAAAUUUCAGCUAUUGUUUGGAUUUCAACAUACAAUGAUGAAAGCUGCUCCCGUAGACGCCGUCGUGUAACAAAUGGUGGAUUUCAUUCUAAUGGAUGGCCUACAACCAGAAGUAAUCUGUCAAUGUGGCUCACCUUAUUCUUCAUAGUCAUGAAUUUCUCUCUGUCGAUAACGGAUAGCUGUACAAAGAAGAUCGAUGGGUCGUUCCCGAUCAAUUUCGAGGUAAACCGAUGA